CCUCUCGUCUCGUGCUUUGCCUCCCCUCUUCACCUCACCCAUCUCCUUCCUACUCCGCAGUCCUCGCCACUUCCAAGCAACAAACCCAUGGCUCUCGUCCGCCAGCGCCGCCAGCUGCCGCACCUCACCCUCCCGCUCGACCACUUCGCCUUGCGCCUGCCGCCGCAGCCGCAGCCCGCCGCCGCCGCGCCGUCCACCUCCGCCUCCGACGCCCGCCUCUCGGACUACGAGAAGAUCUCCGUCCUCGGGCACGGCAACGGCGGCACCGUCUACAAGGUGCGCCACCGCCGGUCCGCGCAGCCGCUCGCGCUCAAGCUCUUCGCGGCCGGGGACCCCUCCGCGGCGCGCGAGGCCGAGAUACUCAAGCUCGCCGCGGACGCGCCCCACGUCGUGCGCCUCCACGCGGUGAUCCCGUCAGCGUCGGCGGGGGAGGCGCCCGCGGCGCUGGCGCUGGAGCUCAUGCCCGGGGGCUCCCUCGCGGGCUUGCUCCGCCGGCUGGGCCGCCCGAUGGCGGAGCGCCCCAUCGCCGCCGUGGCGCGGCAGGCGCUCCUCGGGCUCGCGGCGCUGCACGCGCUCCGCGUCGUGCACCGCGACCUGAAGCCGUCGAACCUGCUCGUGGGCGCCGGCGGCGAGGUCAAGAUCGCCGACUUCGGCGCGGGCAAGGUGCUGCGCCGGCGGCUCGACCCCUGCGCGUCCUACGUCGGCACGGCGGCGUACAUGUCGCCGGAGCGGUUCGACCCGGAGGCGUACUCGGGCGACUACGACCCCUACGCCGCCGACGUGUGGAGCCUCGGGGUGGCCAUCCUGGAGCUGUACCUGGGCCACUUCCCGCUCCUGCCCGAGGGCCAGCGCCCGGACUGGGCCGCGCUCAUGUGCGCCAUCUGCUUCGGCGAGGCGCCGGAGCCACCGGCCGCGGCGUCGGAGGAGUUCCGGGACUUCGUGGCGCGGUGCCUGGAGAAGAAGGCCGGGCAGCGCGCGUCCGUGGCCGAGCUGCUGGAGCACCCGUUCGUUGCCGGGCGGGACGCGGCCGGCGCGCAGCAGGCGCUCGCGGCGCUCGUCGCGGAGGCGGAGCAGGGCGACCUGUAGCCCAACUGCCAGCCGGGCCGGUUAAUUAAUUCACUAGCAGUAGGAGAUUUAGGAGAGUCGGGACGAGAUGAUGUGUACAUAAGAGUUACGCCACGUGGACGAAUAACCUGUCAUAGGUGGCGUUUUCUUGCUUUUCUUAUGCAAUUUUUUGAUCGGUUUUCUUGACCAAUCAUUAGUUCAUUUCGCAGAUUGCAAGGGCCAAAUUUGUUCGGAUCUAGCAAAAAUGUGCCAAAAUUUGCGCGAUACAGAUUCUUCGAACGA